AUGAGUCUCACUUGGGGUGUAGGAGUCAACUGGGGCAUCAUGAUGCCUGUUGUUGUCUCAACCACCGUGUUCCUCGCCGUGUUUGCCGUCUGUGUUGUCACCUACUGCUGGUGCAAGCUGCGCGAUCAGAUCUCGUCGUACGAGACCCGGCAGCGCAUGCCCGACUUCAGGACAGCCUUUUCUGGAGCGUUCAGCAGGGUGAUGAUGGUUCGUACCCUCAAAGUUACUGGCUGA